UGCACGGUGGCCGGCGGGAGGAGGGGCUUGCUGGUGGGGGAGACACCGGGCUGGGCGGCCCGGGGCUGGAUACGGAGCUGGCGGCUGCGGGGUCGGGAUGCGGACCGCCGAAUGAGACCGUUUAAGCGGAAGCAUCUUACAGCUAUUGACUGUCAACAUUUGGCCCAGAGCCAUUUGGCCGUGACCCAGCCCUUCAUUCGGAGAUGGACGAACAGAGAUCCGAACCAUGGCCUCUAUCCUAGACCCAGAACAAAAAGAGGAAGUAGGGGUAUGUCUUGCAAACAGUGGAGGAUGUCAGAGGUACAACCCUGAGUUCUUCCUAGCUGACCACCAGCAGUGCACCAAUGACAUGGCCAAAAGCCGUUCUGUUGGCCAGGACAGCUGUCAGGACUCUGAGGAUGACAUGAUCUUUCCUGCUGAGAGCAGCUGCACUGUGCCUCAGGAAGGUUAUGGAGAAGGGAGGUUGGGCUCAUCAGGAUCUGCUCCAGCCCCCAGGAAGCGCCCUCAGUCAUUUGAGGAAGAGAGUAGUGAGGCUACAGAGACCAGCCAGUGGGAUGGAGUUGCUAAGAAGAUGCCACGCCAUUUUUUGUCCCCAUCAUGCACGAGGUCUAGGGAGGCCAGGCAAGAAGCCGGGGAUGGUUUGUCCCAGUGCCCUGCAGAGUCUAGAGAACCUGGCCAAGACAUUGAGGACAUUGGUCCUGACCCUAUUCCUGACUCAUACUAUGGGCUUUUUGGAACCUUGCCUUGCCAAGAAGUACCGAGCCACAUUUGUAGCCUGCCCACCGAAGUCCUGAGGCACAUCUUUGCCUUCCUCCCCGUGGAAGACCUCUACUGGAACCUCAGCUUGGUGUGCCACCUUUGGAGAGAGAUAAUCAGUGACCCACUGUUCAUUCCUUGGAAAAAGCUGUACCAUCGAUACUUGAUCAACGAAGAACAAGCUGUUAGCAAAGUUGACGGCAUCCUCCUGAGUCACGGCAUAGAAAAGGAGUCCGACUUGUGUGUGCUAAACCUCAUACGAUACACAGCCUCCACCAAAUGCUCCCCAAGUGUAGACCCCGAGAGGGUGCUGUGGAGCCUGAGGGAUCAUCCUCUGCUUCCUGAGGCCGAGGCCUGUGUGCGACAACAUCUACCUGACCUCUACGCAGCUGCUGGGGGCGUUAACGUCUGGGCCUUGGUGACAGCCAUGGUGCUCCUCUCCAGUUGCGUGAAUGAUAUCCAGUGUCUGCUCUUCUGCCUCAGGAGACCCAGGUCCACAGUGACCAUGCCAGAUGUCACCGAGACCUUAUACUGCAUAGCUGUGCUCCUCUACGCCAUGAGGGAGAAGGGGAUUAACAUCAGCAAUAGGAUUCACUACAACAUUUUCUACUGCCUCUAUCUUCAGGAGAACUCCUGUACUCAGGCCACCAAAGUCAAAGAGGAGCCAUCUGUCUGGCCAGGUAAGAAAACAUCCAUCCAGCUCACACAUGAACAACAGCUGAUUCUCAACCAUAAGAUGGAGCCUCUCCAGGUGGUAAAAAUUAUGGCGUUUGCAGGCACUGGGAAGACCUCUACCCUGGUCAAGUAUGCCGAGAAGUGGGCUCAGAGCAGAUUUCUGUAUGUUACAUUCAACAAGAGCAUUGCAAAGCAGGCGGAGCUUGUUUUCCCCAGCAACGUCAUCUGCAAAACCUUUCAUUCCAUGGCCUACGGUCACGUCGGACGGAAGUACCAGCUGAAGAAGAAGUUGAAUCUCUUCAAGUUAACACCUUUCAUGGUCAACUCUGUCCUUGCUGAAGGGAAAGGUGGAUUCAUACGAGCCAAGUUAGUAUGUAAGACGUUAGAAAACUUCUUUGCAUCAGCUGAUGAAGAGCUGACUAUUGAUCAUGUGCCUAUUUGGUGCAAGAACAGCCGAGGACAGAGAAUCAUGGUUGAACAGAGUGAGAAACUGAACGGCGUUUUUGAAGCAAGCCGACUUUGGGACAACAUGAGGAAGCUGGGGGAAUGUAAAGAAGAGGCGUACCAAAUGACUCAUGACGGCUAUUUGAAACUCUGGCAGCUGAGCAAGCCUUUGCUUGCCUCUUUUGACGCCAUCUUUGUGGAUGAGGCCCAGGACUGUACCCCAGCUAUCAUGAACAUAGUUCUGUCUCAGCCUUGUGGGAAGAUCUUUGUAGGGGACCCCCACCAACAGAUCUAUACCUUCCGUGGUGCGGUGAAUGCUCUGUUCACGGUCCCCCACACUCACGUCUUCUAUCUCACACAGAGUUUUAGAUUUGGUGUGGAAAUAGCUUAUGUGGGAGCUACCAUCUUGGAUGUCUGCAAGAGAGUGAGGAAGAAGACACUGGUUGGAGGGAACCAUCAGAGUGGCAUUAGAGGGGACGUAAAGGGACAAGUGGCUCUGUUGUCCCGGACCAAUGCCAACGUGUUUGAUGAGGCUGUACGGGUAACAGAAGGAGAAUCACCUUCAAAGAUACAUUUGAUUGGGGGGAUUAAAUCAUUUGGAUUGGACAGAAUCAUUGAUAUUUGGACCCUUCUUCAGCCAGAGGAAGAGCGGAGGAAACGAAAUCUCGUCAUUAAAGACAGGUUCAUCAGAAGAUGGGUGCACAAAGAAGGCUUCAGUGGCUUCAAGAGGUAUGUGACAGCUGCCGAGGACAAGGAGCUUGAAGCCAAGAUUGCAGUAGUUGAAAAAUACAAUAUUAGGAUUCCGGAACUGGUGGAAAGAAUAGAAAAAUGCCACAUAGAAGAUUUAGACUUUGCAGAGUACAUUUUGGGCACUGUGCACAAAGCCAAAGGCUUGGAGUUUGAUACUGUGCAUGUUUUGGAUGAUUUCGUGAAGGUGCCUUGUGCCAGGCAUAAUCUCGCCCAGCUUCCUCAUUUCAGAGUUGAGUCCUUUUCUGAGGAUGAGUGGAAUUUACUGUAUGUUGCAGUUACUCGUGCCAGGAAGCGGCUCAUCAUGACCAAAUCUCUGGAGAACAUUCUGACUCUGGCUGGGGAGUAUUUCUUGCAAGCAGAGCUGACGAGUAAUGUCUUGAAAACGGGAGUGGUCUGCUGCUGUGUGGGGCAGUGCAACAACACCAUCCCUGUGGACACCGCCCUCACCAUGAAGAAACUGCCUAUCACUUAUAGCAACAGGAAGGAAAGCCAGGGCGGCUACCUGUGCCACUCCUGCGCAGAGCAGCGGAUCGGGCCUCUGGCGUUCCUCACUGCCUCCCCAGAGCAGGUGCGCGCCAUGGAACGCACUGUGGAAAACAUCGUGCUGCCCAGGCACGAGGCCCUGCUCUUCCUGGUCUUCUGAGGCCAAGAUAGCCGUGACUCCACGUUCUGAAGACAGCCAGCCAAUCUGGGCUGGAUUCCUGGUCACUGGAGAGUCUGAGUUCAAUCACAGAGCACUUUCUGAGGAAGAUUCCAACCAGAGUUGGACCUGCCAUUUCUCUAUUCCCUACAGAUAGCCAGCUCCCACUUGCCUCUCCUCCAUAUGCAUUAGGUCAGGGAAGUGGGGAAGUUCUUUUGAUAAAAAAAUCAUUUUAUGUAUUUAAACUUUUAUUACAAGGUUUCAAUUAAACAGGCACACUGGAAUGCCACCCUGGUGUCUGGCUUC